UCUGUGUGAAACGUCAAAAUGGCUGCCAAAGUGGCUGCUGAAAGUUUAUUACUUGACUGUUGAAAGUUGAAAGUUGAGACGUCAAAUGGGUUUUUUUAUUUCUACAUAGUUCAUACAAACAAAAUGUUUUAGGUUACACUUUUCUUCUACAGUGUUAUCAAAAUACUUAGUUAAAACACAUUUUCUUUGGGAGUGCGACUUCAAAAUGAUCCACAGUUUAUUUAUAAUAAAUCCCUCCGGAGAUGUGUUUCUUGAGAAACACUGGAGAAGCGUUAUACCAAGAUCAGUAUGUGACUAUUACUUAGAAGCACAAAGAGCAUCCCCAUAUGACGUGCCCCCAGUGUUGGCGGCACCUCAUCACUAUUUGAUCUCUAUACAGCGGGGUGGGGUGGCACUUGUAGCAGUCAGCAAGGAAGAAGUGGCUCCGUUAUUCGUUAUUGAGUUCUUGCAUCGAGUUGUUGAUACAUUCCAGGAUUACUUUUCAGAUUGUACUGAAACAAUUAUAAAAGAAAAUUAUGUGGUUGUGUAUGAGCUUUUAGAUGAAAUGUUAGACAAUGGUUUCCCUCUAGCAACAGAAAGUAAUAUUCUCAAAGAACUGAUCAAACCUCCCAAUAUAUUGAGAACAAUUGCUAACACAGUGACUGGAAAAUCCAAUGUUUCUUCAAUAUUGCCUUCUGGUCAACUCUCAAAUGUCCCUUGGCGAAGAUCUGGCGUAAAGUAUGCAAACAACGAAGCAUAUUUCGAUGUCAUCGAGGAAGUUGACGCCAUAAUAGACAAGAGCGGCGCAACUGUGUCUGCUGAAAUACAAGGAUAUAUCGACUGCUGUAUCAAACUGAGUGGGAUGCCAGAUUUGACUCUUACGUUCGUAAACCCGCGGUUAUUUGAUGAUGUUUCAUUCCACCCCUGUGUAAGAUUCAAGCGAUGGGAGUCUGAGAGAAUAUUAUCCUUCAUACCUCCAGAUGGUGGCUUCCGUUUGAUGUCAUACCACAUUGGGUCACAGAGUGUGGUGGCCAUUCCUAUCUACGUGAGACACAACCUUACACUGCGGUCGAACGGCGAACAGGGGAGAUUGGAUCUGACUGUAGGACCUAAACAAACCAUGGGACGUGUUUUAGAAAAUGUAGCUUUAGAGAUCUGCAUGCCGAAGUGCGUGUUGAACUGCUCGCUGACAGCUAACCAGGGCAAGUACUCGUACGACCCGGUCAGCAAGGUGCUGCUGUGGGACAUCGGGCGCAUCGAGCUGCCCAAGCUGCCUAACAUUAGGGGAAGCGUAUCAGUAGCGUCCGGUGCGGAUACUUCAGGAGCGAACCCCAGCAUCAACGUGCACUUCACCAUCCCGCAGCUGGCCGUCAGCGGGCUCCGAGUUAGCCGGCUCGACAUGUACGGCGCCAAAUAUAAACCGUUUAAGGGCGUCAAGUACGUCACUAAGGCGGGCAAGUUCCAUGUUAGGAUGUAAAUGAUUGUAGGACUGUAGGUAGUAUAAAAAGACAUUUUUUUUUUCAUGCUGACGAUAUUUUUUAGGCUCUCGUGCUUGACCAUGAUUUCUGCCUUUAUGAUGAUUGUGAUUGAUAUUUGAUUGUGAUUGAUACAUGAUUUCUAAUUAUCUAGAUGAUGCUAUUCGGUACCGUUUUAAAUUACCACGUUGUAAGAAUCCGGAAACGCAGCCAGGUUUUCCAGACUCUAGCCGUUUGUAUGAGAAAAAAAAAAUUCAUAAAAAUGUAGGUACGAGUUCUAGGGACUUAAGGCUAUAUUUUUUUUUAACACGAAAGCCCAUACCCGUAUCUUGAGAUUCCAUCUAUUAUUUGUCACAUUUUUGGAGGGUUUGGUCUCACAUUUUCCAUUUUUCAAUGAUGGGGAAUGCCUUUUAAACUUCCGUUUUCUCUACAAUAUGGGUAUCUACAAAACAGGAGUGAAAUGCUUACUUCUAGCAAGUACCACCAUAAGCUGCAUCAUCGUUUGCCGUCGGACAUGAUUCUGGUAUAAAUAUCCUACACCAUGAAAAUACCCUUAAAAUAUUGUUUAAUCGUUCAUUAUAUUAUAAUACCAAAAACCGGUUAAGAUCGUGUCGAGCAACGCGUAGGGUUCCGCGAUUGCCCGUCACUAGUCGAUUAUUAUUUAUUAUCAAACAAUAAUUUUGUCUUCUUCGCUGCCUUUUUGUGUAUCUACAGUCCUAAAAAUAUUGUUAUUGUAACUAUAAAAAAUAUUGUUAAGUAAGUUCAUAAGAUUAUAUAAGGCUCAUUUUUAUUAUUUACUUAUUUAAAGGAUCUGUAACGCAUUUAGUUAAGUAAGUUCAUUUCCAGUUUUGUAUAUUUUGUGUAUUAUAUGUUUACUUUAAUUGUAAAUAAACAAAAAAAGCUAAUGUUUAUUUUACUUGUUUAUUAAAAAAAAUACUGAAUU